UCUAUCUAUCUAUCUAUCUAUCUAUCUAUCUCACACACACACACUACUCAGGUUUAAUGUACAGACAAAUACUACUUACUAAAUGAACACUUUCAGCACAGAAGUCAUGCACUUUAUACAUUAUGAGAGAUUAUUAUGAACUCUUCUGGAUUAACUGUUAUAAUGUGUUAUAAUCUGACACACAGGAAGUGAUGUAAAGCCUGGAGGUGGUCUGUAGAGUCCAGGGCUGUAAAAAUCUCACUUUCCGCACUCAGAAGGAAAUGUUUGAGAAGUUAGAGGAAUCCUUUAAAUUCUGUUCCAGAUGUGGGAAUCAGCCGUCACAGACCAUCAACACACUGAAACGCUGUGCAAGGUGUUUGAAUGUGUAUUACUGCAGUAAAGACUGCCAGAAAGAGGACUGGACUGUUCAUAAGAAAUAUUGUGCAAAGCUGCGUAUGGCUGCAGUGGACAGACUGAUAGAGUGGCUGAUUUAUCUAGGGGACCUGCCUUUCCCUACAGAGGCGUGGUCUAAACCUGCUAAAGCGGUCCGGUGCUGGGAUGAUUGGCUCUCCAUGCAGGGUGACCUCACCGCACGGAUGGAGCCGAUCCUGUCUGGGAAGAACAUGGCAGACCUCUGGACCAAUGCCUGCCGGCCACGCCCAGAGGAGGUGGAGCUUUGUGAAUCUCUGUGGCGUGUGUGUAGCGAGUUCUUCUCACGUCCACUCACCAUCGGAAUGGCAAUGAAGAUGUUCAGUCUGGAUCCGUAUUCCCGACCUCUCACCGUCCACGUUGUUGGGGCAGGAAACUCCGAGACCCUGGGUGCGAGGACGACAGAUCUGGAUGAGCUGAGUCGUAUGUUCCCUGGACAUCAGGGCCUGGAGGUGGUCAUGGUGGGGCCGGAGGUGGUGAAAGGGCCGAUACUGAGGCCUCCAUUAAGGGCGUUUGGUCCACGAGGAAGAGUCUACAUCAGUGCCUACAAGGGGCUGUACCAUGAGUUCUGGGAGGAGCUUGUGGAGAAAGGAGAGGCAGCAAGACCAGACCUUGUGGUGGGAUUUCAUCCAGGGUUUGAUUCCAAGCAGGGAAUGACAGAUGGAUGGUUACCAACUCUGCUGCUGCUCAGAGACUACAACAUCCCAACUUUAUUCACUAUGGCAAACGAUGGAGAGUUGAAGUACUCAGUGCAGAUCUUGAUGGAGUUGGAGAUGGACAUUAAAGGCACUGGGCCAAAUCCUUUCAGUUCCCAGAAGCCUGAGCAAGUGCAGUCGAGUCCCAACAACGAGCCGAGCUACUGCAACGCCUUCUACCUGAACUUCCAGGGCCUGCUGGAGGACAAGCUGGAGGAGGAGGACUAGAACUUUCACCCUCCAUUUCACAUUUUCACAUGUAGUGUUACAACCUUGAUCAAAAAUGGAGAUAACUGGGAUUUUCUGUCAUAGAUCUACAUAAAAUUGUCCAUAAAAAUGAAUUAUUUUAUUUUCUGUAGUUCCUAUCCUACACAGGCUUGCAGUGACCCUGGAGUCGCUCCCAGGGGAUUCAGGACACUAGGUUGGGGGUACACCCAUUUUUUUUGUUUUUGUUUUAAAUUGUUGUGUAGUGUUUUUAUUGACUUUGGGAUCCGUAUCAACAUGCUCAUGUCUGAUGUUGUUUUUGAUUAUCAGUUCAUAUAAGUCACAUCUGCCUUUGGAUUAAUCAUGGCAGGUGUUUUUAUGAGAUUUUAAUCAGUCAAGAUAUAUUUCACAUGAUUAUAACAAUGUGACCUAGAGUCUUAGAAAGCGAGCAAACAAACCAACAGAAUGGUCAUUAUGUUCAGAUGAAGUGGACACUUGACUUACUUCCUUUUAUGUCCUUAUUUCUUUGGAAAAGCUGUAACCAUAACUCCUUUCUGCAUUUUUUUUUACAACUUUAAUUA